AUGGCCCCAUUUGCUGCUGACCAUUAUUACAAGUUUUAUGGGCUUCACCAACCUCUCAAUCUUCAACCCUCUUCACCCGCUGAAGUUUGUGUUGUGUAUAAACCGAUGUCACUUUGCAAGUCGCAGUUCUUUUUUAUCAAGAACAGCUCCGUGCUGCAGACGUUUCCCAAGUCACGUGUGUCUAGGUUCUCGUUGAAUGCAAACGGGCCCCAAGGCCAGUCUCUGCUGAGAAAACUAUGGUUUCCGACAAGACAAGCCACUCAGCUGCAGAAGAGGACAUUGGCUCGUUCUGUGCUACUACAGAGACUGGGAGCUUCUCCGUUCAAAAGAAGCUACUCCACCAUCACUGCCGAUUCAAUCGCAGAGAGUGUGAAUGUAAGCAAACCACGCUUUACUCUCAACACCGAUAAGCGUGUGGCCUACAUGUGUAUGGGAUCCGCGGUUCUGGUUGCAGGAAUUGUAAUCCUUGGCGGUUUGACCCGUCUGACGGAAUCGGGACUUUCUAUCACCGAGUGGAAACCUGUGACCGGAGCACUGCCUCCACUAACGCAGGACGAUUGGGAACGCGAGUUCGAGAAAUAUAAGGCCAGUCCGGAAUUCAAACAACUGAACUCUCACAUUACUCUUGAGGACUACAAGUUUAUCUACGGAAUGGAGUGGUCGCACAGGUUGCUGGGAAGGAUCAUAGGCACAGUGUUCGUGCUGCCUUCGAUUUACUUUGUGGCCAGAAGAAGGUGCUCUGUGGAUGUCGCAUGGAAACUGGCUGGAAUUAGUGCCCUUAUAGGAGUUCAAGGUUUCAUUGGCUGGUGGAUGGUUGCUUCUGGUCUGGAUGAAGUUCAGCUUGCCGAGAGAAACUCCAAGCCUACUGUGAGUCCCUACCGUCUGACAGCCCAUCUCGGAGUAGCAUUCGUGGUGUGCUGCUCGAUGGUCUAUACCGGACUUCAAAUUCUAAAGCAGCAUGCAUUGAUUAGGGAUCCAGAGAAGUAUUUGGGUUACUUCAAGCAGAUCAACUCGCCAAACUUGAAGCUAUUUAAAAGACUGUCAAAUGGUCUCUUUGGAAUGGUGUUCGUCACAGCAUUGACCGGAGCUCUUGUGGCUGGUCUGGAUGCUGGUUUGAUCUACAACACCUUCCCUCAUAUGGGUGAGAAUUGGGUUCCAUCGUCACGUGAACUCAUGGAUCCUGUCUAUUCACGCACAAAGGACUCUGCGGAUCUGUGGUGGAGAAAUUUGCUUGAGAACCCAACCACUGUUCAACUCAACCAUAGGAUCAUGGCAGUUUCCACUUUCUGCUAUACGUUGGCGCUUCAUCUUUACUCCCAUAGGAUCAAAUCAAAUAUCCCGAAGCCAGCCUAUAAGGCCCUCACUGCGGCCAUAGGAGUUGCUUCUCUACAGGUCACAUUGGGUAUUUGCACCCUUCUUUGGCUCGUUCCCACAGAACUAGCUGCUGCUCACCAGGCUGGAGCACUGACUCUGCUGACCACCGUGCUGGUUCUUGUCCAGAAGCUGCGGAAACCCACUGUUAGCGACAUGAUGCUUCUCAGAAGAGUUUUAGGAAAAACUGCCGAACAGGCAGCAAAGUCCAAGGUUGUCUUUAAAUGA